AUGACAAAGAGAUUCUUCUUUACAUCGGAAAGUGUUUCAGGUGGACAUCCAGAUAAAAUGUGUGAUCAAAUUUCAGAUGCCAUUCUUGAUGCAUGCCUUGCACAAGACCCACAUUCUCAUGUUGCAUGUGAAACAGCAACAAAAACAGGACUUAUUUUAGUUCUUGGAGAAAUUACUACUAAUGCAGUUAUUGAUAUUCCAAAGAUUGUAAGAGGAGUUGUUAAAUCUAUUGGAUAUGAUGAUACAAAUAAAGGAUUUGAUUAUCAAACAUGUUCUGUUCUUUCAUGUGUUGAGCAACAAAGUCAAGAUAUUGCUAAAGGAGUUCAUAUUGAAAAGAAAGAAGAAGAUAUUGGAGCAGGAGAUCAAGGAAUUAUGUUUGGAUAUGCUACAGAUGAGAGUAAAGAAAUGAUGCCAUUAACACAUGUUUUAAGUACAAAAUUAAUUUUAAGACUUCAAGAAUGUAGAGAAAAAGGAAUUUUACCAUGGCUUAGACCAGAUUCAAAAUCACAAGUUACAUUAGAAUAUGAAGAAAUUGAAGGACAUUUAAAACCAAUUAGAGUUCAUACAGUUGUUAUUUCAACACAACAUGCAGAUAAUGUAACUAAUGAAGAAAUUGCAAAAGGAUUAGAAGAAGAAGUUACACAAAAAGUUAUUCCAAAGGAACUUAUGGAUGAUAAAAUGUUAAGAUAUUAUAAUCCAAGUGGAAGAUUUGUUAUUGGAGGACCAAUGGGAGAUGCAGGAUUAACAGGAAGAAAAAUUAUUGUAGAUACAUAUGGAGGAUGGGGAGCACAUGGAGGAGGAGCAUUCUCAGGAAAAGAUUCAAGUAAAGUUGAUAGAUCAGGAGCAUAUUGUGCAAGAUGGAUUGCUAAGAGUUUAGUUCAUGCAGGACUUUGUCAUAGAGUUCUUGUUCAAUUAAGUUAUGCUAUUGGUGUUUCACAUCCAUUGAGUAUUAAUGUAAAUACAUAUGGAACUGGAAUUUGUGAUGAAACAUUAUUGGUUGAUAUUGUUAAUAAGAACUUUGAUAUGAGACCAGGAAUGAUUAUUAAAGAAUUAGGAUUAACAAAACCUAUUUUCCAAAAAACAGCAGUUGGAGGACAUUUUGGAAGAAAUGAUCCAGAUUUCAAAUGGGAAUUCCCAAAAGAAUUAGAAAUUCCAGCUGAACUUAAACCAAAAUUGUUGAAGAAUGAACCAUAA